AGUUAAGGGGGUUUUUUUGCAGGAGAUAUACCUCGGUUUUGCUUUUAAUUGUGGCAUGUGUUUGUUUUUUAAUACAGACAUGUUGCAUUACCUUCCCAGCUGCGUACUGUACCUUCCCUGCAUACUGUGAGCCUGUUAUGUACAUUUCUUAUGACAAACUUAGUAUCUUUUGGGGGAAGUUGUAGCCCACCCUCCUGUAGCCUUAGAAUUAAGCUGUGGUUCCCACCUGGAAACUUCUGAUUAACUCUUUGUAAUCUUUCUCUGAAAACUGUAGUCCUUUUUUUUUCCUCUGAAAUGGGCAUACUUGCUUCCAAGCCAGUCCUGCUGUAUAUGUAAAUCUGAAUUUUGAAACCUGGCUUUUAAACAGAAGGCUUGUUGAAAUGCUAGCUAUGCUCUUGGUUUUUAGCCACAUGCUUUCUACAUGCCUGGAUUUGUUUUUUUUUACUUUAGUGCUGUAGUGCAUUACCUUAGUGCAUUGACUCUUUCUUCUUGCAGAAUUCUGCUCAGUCAACUCUCUCCCUUGCAUUAACAAACUGAAAACUACAUUUCCAUGUCAGCUGUGCGCUGAGGGUUAUGGCUGAGAGAACUAAAAGCACUGGGCACAGUUACGUGUAACACGUCACAAGCCCCAAUCCAAGGUGUAAAGCAGGGAAGCUGAUAUGAGGGGUUGUUUCUGCAGCUUGAAGCAGUACCCUGAAGAGCAGCCAUUGGUGUAUGCAGAACACUUUUGUGGAAACAACUAACUAGAAAUCUUCACGAAGGAAUAUAUUUGGCAAUAAUGAAUCAAACGGACAAAAAUCAACAGGAAGUCCCAUCCUACCUUCAUGAUGAACCACCAGAAGGUUCACUAAAAGACCACCCGCAGCAGCAGCCUGGGGUGCUUUCUCGUGUGACUGGUGGCCUCUUCAGUGUCACAAAGGGAGCUGUUGGUGCCACAAUUGGGGGUGUUGCUUGGAUUGGAGGGAAGAGCUUGGAAAUUACCAAAACAGCGGUCACAUCUGUGCCUUCAGUGGGAGUGGGUCUAGUCAAAGGAAGUGUUUCUGCUGUAGCUGGAGGCGUUACAGCUGUAGGAUCUGCUGUUGCAAGUAAAGUGCCUUUAACAGGAAAGAAAAAAGAUAAAUCUGACUAAAACCAAAACUGAGACGUACUCAAUUCUCCAGUUACAUCAGUGGCAUUAAAAUCUGCUAAGAUUGGGACCAUGAGAAGCCAUGUGUCUUAGACACUUUAUCUUCCAACGAGUUGUGCAAGUAACUCGAUUUCAUCUGAAAAGGACAGAAGAAGCUUGGUUAGCACAGCAUAAGAAGAUUUAUUAGAGCCUAGAUUGAAGCUUUGUAUCUGGUGAAAUGUUACACUUGAUAACUAUAGAAGUGAGUAAGUGUAUCUGAAGGAAUAAUACAUAUUUGAAUAUUCAUUUACUGUAAGUCUUCUGCAGUUUUGGACUAAAAUGUGAACAUAGAAACCUGGUUAUCUCUGCUGUACCAUUGAUACAAUGAGAUGCCAAUUCCUGUUCUCAGUGGUUUCCACAUGCUCCUGCUAAGGAUCCUUCAGCUGUGUAAAGGCAUUGUUGGAUAUACCCAAACAGUCUUGGUUAUGAACCUGUAUUUUUAGGCAGCCUGUAAACUAUCCCUGACAGCACUCUGCCAGUGCAGACUGGAGCAAAUAGAACUGAAGGUGUGCAGAAAUUGGAAAUGAGUGGGAGAUAGAAGUGAAAAAGAUUGACAGCAUGGUAGAAGAGAUCACAAAGAGUAAACUAACUUAAUGCCUUAUUAGAAAAAAUAUCUUUACUACGUGAAGCUGUGUAAAGAACUGUCCUGUCAUUUCAGUGCAGUUCACAGAAUGAGCUUUAGACUCUUUACAAACCCUGAUAUCUGAAGCUUUUUGUCAGUUUUUACUGAAAAUAUUAUUGCUCCAUCUCAGGUGUAUUUAAUGAUAUUCAUCUAUCUCCUGCAAGUGAAAACUUGCUUCUAAUAAACUUUUUAUAGACACUAGAAAAAAAGAUGGCUUAAUGGAAACUGGGCUGAUGUUUGUGGCUAUCUAGCACAACUGUCUUACUUGCUGGAAAUUCCUUUGUAUAGUUGGAAACCACUGAAGAAUUAGCAAAGCUGUUGUCUCAACUCCAUGAUGUGCCAGGUUGGCUUCUUGCUCUGUUCAAGCAAAUGCAAGGAAUUUUUCACUACAUCUCUUUCUCAUACUUUACAUUUUGAUUUUUGAGUAAAAUGUAAUACUUUUAUUUAAAACAAACCAAAAAAGGUAGAUGAGGCCUUAAAAAAAAAAGGAGAGAAAGAAACAUCAUUCCAGUAAUUUGUAUACUGACAGAUUCCAAAUAUUGACACACCUCAGAUGGGAACAUCUGUAGGUCCUCUGCAACGUGUGAGGCAAAGUGCACUUGUAAAGACACAGCUUGAGGUUGCCUUAAAAUAGAAGCUGUUGAUGAUCUUUUAUUUGUGUACUGACUUUGCAAAUAAGUAACCUCUUUAGAAGCCCAUAGAAGGCGUCUGUUCAUGUCAUGUAUGCAGUAUUUUCUACAAACUUGUGUUCCUAUGGAGAACUUGUAAGCUUACUUUUCCAGUGUCUGUGGUUGUACUAGAAGGAUAUAUGGGGAGACUUUUUAAAAAUGAAAAAAAAAAAGAAACAUAUCGCUCGUCUAAAACUUAGUCCUCUGUUCGUGGUUGUCAAAUGUGCACUAUGUCUAAAUUAUGGUACAGUAGUCACCCAAUCUCUCUGAGCCAUUGGUACUUCAGCUGCACUCUGUAACUAACAACUUUAUUUUAUAUCAGUAAUUGUGGGUGUUGGAAGCAUGAUACUCAUAAGCAUGGGAACUUGGGGUGCUGGGAAGAGCAUCUGCCCCUUCUGUUAGAUGCACCAGCUGCUUGGUUCUGAUCUGCUGCAAGGGUGUAACAAGGUAAGUUUAUGCAACAACCUGAAGAGUUCAACUGGGUUUUAUACUCAAAAGCUAAUUGCAUAGAGUGUAGUAUGGUUUAAGGGUACCAGUUAGCUCUGGAAAUGAGCUAGCCUGGGUAUCCAAGGCAAUCUAGCUGCAGCAUAUAAUUUAGUAUGGUCUGCUCCUCCACAGUUUCCAAUGUAGCCAUAUCCCCAGAGUGCUGCCACUGAACUCCUAAGAGUCACAGUGGUAUUUGUGACACCAAACUAAACCCUUCCUGAUAGUUUUCUGAAAACAUGAAUGUUGAACUGAUCAUACCCAUUUUUUUUAAUUAUAUUCUUUAAUUGUUAAACUAUGAAAUUUGCAGCAAAACAAGUGUGAUCUGAGAUAAACAAUGUUAGAUCUGUAAAGAGCUGCCAACACUUCAUGUUUUGUUCAUAACAUAUCCUGUAGCUAUUGCUUCUGAGUCUUGUAACUGAAACACUUUUACAUGGCAUAUGGUUUUAGUUUUCAAAGAGCUUUGUCCUAUAUCCUGUGUAUUUUCCAUUCACUUAUGAAAUUUGCUUGAUCUUAAGAACUUGGCCCGAUUCUGUCCUGGCACUUGUGAAACAUUAAAUUGUUGCUGUUUCAGACA